AUGGAAGGCAACGGAGGCAGAAACGGUAGAAGAAACGACUCUAUCAGCAGUGUCAUGUCGUUGGGUGCAGACAACAACAACGCACCUGCCACCAACCAGAGAUCUUCACGUGCAGAGAACACGCACCUUCAGGACCUCGAUCACCAGGCCUCCGUCCACAUGCUGUCACAAUAUGCUUCUCACGAUCCAUCUUUCAUGGACAGCUCAGGUGCUUCCGACACCGACCAGUCCAUGGACAUGAUGAGUGAUCAAGACAUCCGUAACGCCAUCUUCGAACUGCUUGACCAGUUGCCCAUAACCGCCAACACUGACCUCAUCACCCCGUACGAGAGAGCCGCCAUGCUCCCUCCCGUCACUCAAGACUCGCUCUGCGAGUUGGACGUUGGUCGCAUCAUCAACAACCCCAAGCUGCGCCAUGAUGUCAACUUCGACCGCGAGCUCCACUUCAGACCCAACCUCGACGGUUACAGAGGCAAGCAGAAGCUGAGAUCGGCUGACGAGUUCUGGAGUGCCCUGCGUGCCGAGCUGGAGAUCUACAAGGCAAUCGGAUACCGCCUCAUGUACAGCACAAGCGCCGAAGAGUUGGAGGAAGCCACCCGCAUGAUCAAGGCCAACCAGCUCAGACUUCCAGGAGUCUUCACCACCAUCUACGAAAUCCUCAAGACCCUAGUGCCCGAACGCGACCAGGCCAUUGUCGCAGAGAGACUGGACGUUGAUAUGAUCAUGCAGCAGAUCACCAAGGGCGUUUUCGAUCUCAUGGACAUGACUAGAUGGCUGUCAACCAUCCUCAAGGCACACUGCGCCCCUAUGAGGGACGAGUGGAUCGAUCGCAUGGUCGACGAUAUCACCACAGGCGUUGAACAGGGCGAUCAGACCGCCGUCGUCUUUGGACUCAGACAGACGUUGGCUAUCCUCGAGGCUAUGAAGUUGGACGUUGCCAAUCACCAGAUUAGACAUCUGCGCAGCCUGCUGAUCGAUGACACUGUCAACUUCCAGCAAAAGUAUCACGUUCACAAGAUCGCCGCCAAUCGCUUCAAGGUCAGCGAUGCUCGCGCUUGGUUCAAGGACGAGGAGGCUUUCCUCAACAGCUGCAACGUCCCUUGCACCCCUCUCGAGACCUUCGCUUCGGCCGCUCUCCGCUCCUUGUUCUCGCAGAGCCCCCUUCCCAACUUCCCGGGCACCUUCUACCUCGAUGCCGAGCGUCUGCGCAUUCUUCGCAGUGAUCUCCACAACGUCAUCCAGAUGGACAUGUGCGUCAACGCCUUCGAUCUUCUUAUCAAGAACAAUGUCAGCGCAAGCACUCGUGUCGCCAGCAAGAAGACUCUCCAGGCCAACAUCGCUGAUAUCAUCGGUGAGCCCCGCCAAUACCUUGAGAACCUCGAGAACAUCUCUGCCGAGAUUGUGCGUUUUGUUCUCCAGCUUGAGGGUGCUACCACCACAUUCGACUCCGACAUGAUGGCCAUCGUCGAGCUCCACCUUCGCGCCGAGCUGUCUCCCUCGUCCCCUUCUCUUAGCGCCCAGCUCCAGACAAUCCUCAACGCCCAGCUUCCUAGAUUCCGCAAUGCCGUGAACUCUAGUUCGAGACUCCCUCUUCUGGCUCUUCACGAUGCCAUGCUUCCUCCAGUCCAGUCCGCCGACAAGCGCACCACUCAGCAAGUCAUGGUUGAGCCACCCCUCGAUGAGAUCCUCAAGCGUGUCACUCAUCUCGCAGUCCUUCACUGGCAUGUCUGGUCGGGUAUCGUUUACGACAUCCAGGCUGACGGACCCAUGGUCGCUCCCGGUUCUCCCGGCAACAACCCUGACUCACCUCAGACCAACCCCGAUACCGCCUCUUCCAGCUCGCUGGCUUCAAGCCCCGACAUGCAGAGCCAGAGCGGUGGCUUCGCCAAGCACACUGGUCCUUCCAUCACCAACGGUCGUCCCCAGAAGUAA